UAUUAGUCAAGAUGGGGAAUUUCAAAGGAGCGUCCUUUGCUGAAACACCCACAUGGGCCGUGGCAACAGUCGUAGCUGUUCUGGUGAGCAUUGGUUUCUUGAUCCAUGAAAGUUUGAAGAAGUUUGGAAAGUGGUUGCAUAGGACAAAGAGGGAACCUCUUUAUGCUGCAUUAGAGAAAAUCAAGGAAGAGCUUAUGGUUUUUGGACUGCUAUCACUGCUUAUGGGUCAUUGGAUCGUUUAUGUUGCAAAGAUUUGUGUCAAAACUUCAGCCGUGAGCAGCCACUUUUAUCCAUGUUCUCCGCCAAGAACCAAGACGCAGUCAGCAAUUACGAGAUUUGCAUUAUCAGGUUCUUCAUACUCGAAUUUCUCAACAUCAAGGCUACUGUUAAGCAGUGGACAUGAAGAUUAUUGUCCUGAGGGUCUCCAAUCGUUUGCUUCAAAGGAGAGCCUAGAGCAGCUCCAUCGCCUUUUGCUUGUCCUUGGUGUUAGCCAUGUAUCUUAUAGCUUUUUCGCCAUUGCCCUGGCAAUGAUCAAGAUAUAUAGUUGGAGAACAUGGGAGAACUAUGCCAAGUCAAUGGCUCUUCAAAGACUUGAAGGUUCUGAAGAAGCUGUCCCAAACAAGACAAGAAUGGGGCGUCUAUCAACUUUUACUUUUCACCAAACCACUCAUCCAUGGAGCCAGCACAGAGCUCUUGUUUGGCUGCUUUGUUUCAGCCGCCAGUUCUGGAGUUCUAUAAAUGAAGCUGACUACAUGGCUUUGCGCUUGGGCUUUAUUACUACUCAUCAGCUGCCAUUAACUUAUGAUUUCCAUAAGUAUAUGCUUCGAAGCAUGGAGGAAGAAUUUCGUGAUAUUGUUGGCAUAAGUGUUCCACUAUGGAUUUUCGUCAUAAUUUGUGUAUUUUUAAGCUUUCAUGGCACAAAUAUCUACUUUUGGAUCUCCUUCUUUCCAGCUAUUUUGAUCCUUUUGGUUGGUACCAAGCUUCAUCGCGUGGUGGUCAAGCUGGCAGUUGAAAGCAUGGACAGUAGUCCAUUGGAAGGAUUUCAUCAGUUUAACCUAAGAGAUGAGCUCUUCUGGUUUGGGAAGCCUAGGUUUCUGCUGCGGAUAAUACAAUUUGUAUCAUUCCAGAAUGCAUUUGAGAUGGCAACAUACAUAUGGUCACUGUGGGAAAUUAAGGGAUCUUCAUGUUUCACAGACAAUUACACAUUUCUCGUGAUUCGCUUGUCAUUUGGGGUUGUUUCUCAAUUCUGGUGUAGCUUUGUCACAUUUCCACUCUAUGUUAUUGUUGCUCAGAUGGGUUCGAGAUACAAGAAGACCAUCGUUUCAGAGAACGUUAGGACUUCACUACAUGGAUGGCGACACAAGGUGAAAACCAGAUUAGAAGGUUCUGUUGUUUCUCCAGAAACAUUGUUAGCAACCACAUCAUUAGACUCCAUGGCGGAGGAUGAGGUACAUCAAAUUCAUACCAUUGCUACUAUCAGCACAGAGGUGUUUGAUGAGACUCUUAAGCAAAGUAAUACCAAUGAAAUCUCAGAAUGUGAUGAGUUACAUAUUCCACUUUCUCCUAGAAAUCAAGGAGAGGAUUGAUCAAAACAAUGAUGAGAUGAUAUAGUUUCG